AUGUCCACCACCUCGAUUGCGAAGAAGAACAAGGGGAAGAAAGUUGCCGAUCCCAAUGAGACGUCCAAGUUACUCGCAGCCAAGAUCUCUCAACUGGAGCAAGAUGCGGCUGGGGAAAAGGACCAGGAACAAGAGAUUGAGCGCGAAGUGAAGAAGGCGACCCGUGACCUAAACCAACUCCUUAACAACAUCGAAUCCCCCAUGACCCGUCUGGAAACCGUCCACAAAAAGUAUACCGAGCUAUUAGCAGACAUGAAAAAGCUGGAUCGGGAUUAUUCCAAGAGCAAAAAGCGCGCAGAUCAAUUGCAGAAGGAUCAGGAAAAGGGAAAAUCAGAGUUGAACAAAACCGUGACCAUGAAGGACAAGCUGGAGAAACUCUGUCGCGAGUUGACUAAGGAAAACAAAAAAGUGAAGGACGAAAACAAGAAGCUUGACGACACGGAAAAGAAAGCUCGCCUGAUUGUGAACGAACGACUUGACUCCCUCCUCUACGACAUUCAAGACGUCAUGGCUGCCAAGGGAAACCCUCGCAAUGAGAAAGUGGAUAUUGAUCUGGAUGAAGCCCUUCGUGCGAAGCUGAAGACCAUCAGCGAGCAAUUUGAUACCCGCGAACUCCAUUACAAAUCCCUCCUCCGCAGUAAGGACGCCGAGAUCCAGAGUCUUACUGCCAAGUAUGAGGAGCAACGCCGAACCGCCGAUAACGAGACUGCUCGGGGUCGUGCUCUGAGCGCCCAGGUCUCAACCUUCUCUCACACCGAAGCCGAGCUCCGCAGUCAGCUGAACAUUUAUGUUGAGAAGUUUAAGCAGGUUGAAGACACUCUGAACAACAGCAAUGAACUCUUCUUGACCUUCCGCAAGGAGAUGGAGGAGAUGUCCAAGAAGACAAAACGACUCGAGAAGGAAAACCACACCCUCAAUCGAAAGCACGAACAGACCAAUCGCAACAUCCUUGAGAUGGCCGAGGAGCGUACUCGCAACCAAGAGGAACUUGAGAGAUGGCGCCGCAAGUGCCAGCACCUUGAAGCCUUGUGCCGACGCAUGCAGGCCCAAGGCCGCGGUGAAGGCUUGGCUGAGGGUGACGACCACCUGGAUCACGAUGAUGAGGGCACUGAGAGCGAGUACGACGAUGACUACGAAGAUGAGGACGACUUGAGCGAUGAAGGAGACCUCGACGGACAUGAUCAUGAUCGUGAUAUCCCCCGAGCCGGCGGCCCUACCGAGCGACCCGUCUUCGGGCCACCCCCACCACCCAAUCUUCUGGAGGCCCGGGCUACCAAGAACGCCGUUCUCAACGGGUGCCACUAA